GGGAACUUUAGUUCCUUAAGGGGGAUGAGAGCUGUCAGGAAACCCCCUUAUUCACCUCACAGGGCUACAAUUUCCAAAGUUCCCUGGGAAAGAGGGAUUGAUGGUGAAAGCAUUCAAAGAUUAGCAGCUCUGUGGGGGGAAAUAGGGGUCUCCUAAGCAGAGGCGGAGCUAGCUGCUCCGGCCCCUGGAGUGGCGCACAUGCUGUGCACCUGGGGGUGGGGCUAGCUGCCCACGGGGGUGAGCCGAGCGUCCCAGGGGGGCAGCGCAGCGAUGUCACAUACACAGACCCUCAGGGAUGACACCUGGGGCAGACCGCACCUCCCGCAACCCCCUUCCUCCGCCAGUGCUCCUAAGCAGUCUCAGCACCCUUAACGUCCUACUGCCAUUUGGGAACAGCAUUCUGGAGAAAGGGCAAGUGGAGGACAAGGGGCUUCUCCCUUGGUUGCCGGGAAGAAGGCAAUGCUCCCAAUUCUUGGGAGCAGGGGAGAAUGCUUUCAAUGUACGGUGUGUGCAGAGUGCAACUUUUCCCUGCCUGUGUGUUGAGCUGCACCUGCUGAAAUUCCUUCAUCAUUCCACACAGUUGUUAAAGGCCCAAGAGCUCUGUUCUAUUUGGCAUUUGGUCUUGGGAGCUCGCAGCCAAACUCUGGAGAGGAGUAUUCUUGCCUGCUGUGUCAUCCACUCCUCCCGCCCUCUGUGGCAGGAACAGAGGGAAAGUUUCCUAUUGCUCUUGGUUCUUCCUCUCUUGUCGUUCUUUUGGGCCUCCUCCUGCCAUCUUCUUCUCUUCUGCUCCUUUUUCUCCCCCCAGGUAAGUGUGACAAAGUCGAUAGCUGGCAGCAUGGUUGAGAAACAACUAUGGAAGUUUUCAAACAAUAUUUUGGUGCACGAGCUUUAAAUAGUGUGAGCAUGUGAUUGCGACUAUGGAAGAAGAAACUACAGCUGCAAGCCCGUAUCCACUAACCUGGGAAUAAGCCCCACUCAAUUCAGUGGGCCUUACAUUUGAGUAGUCACAUAUAGAAUUGCAUUGUGAGGUAAAUAGCCUUACCGGAGCUUCCAGUGAAGGAGACCAGUGUGAAGUUGAUGUUUUUUGGAGGAGGGAAAUUUAAAGCAGGAUUAGGAUAAGACUGUGCGGUAUGAGGAAACUAAUGGUGGUUAAGAUUUAAGCACAAAGCAAAGCAGCCUAUAUGUGUUUCUAGAAUAGUUUUGGCUUGGGGGCUGUUUCGAAACUCUAACACUAUGGAUUUCACAUCUCUGUGAAUUCAUUGUGCAUCAGAGUGCCUUUCCGACGUCCGUUUUGACAAACUACAGUGCUUAAAGCCUUACAGAAAUUGCACAACUGUAAUUCUGUAUACAGAAGAACCAUGCAGCAAAAGCAGCACUGGACACUUGACAGGUGUGUUGUUUAGCUUUUGACAACAAACAAUAAUAGAAGCGCACUGUUUGCUUUUCUCUGUGAUGCUUAACUUUUAAAUAAUCUGCACUCAGCGGCUGACAGUGUAAGCCUAUACCUGCUUACUUAGGGAGUAAUUCUCACAGAACAUAGUGGGACUUGUUUCCAAGCACAUAGGCCUAGGAUUUGGGCUGUGAAAUAUACCUAUGGUGAGCUGGCAUGGUAGAAUUCUUUAUUUGUUUUGUUGGGUGAAUGUGAGGAAUAAAGGCAGUUAUCAAGGAUCAUCACUGUCAUCCUUUUUUUAGAUGGGCUUAAAAUAACUCAUGACUUCAGAGCAGGUGCCAUGUGUCUUUCUGUUGGAUUUGAGGGGAGCGGGGUGGGAAGCUAAAAAUAGGCAAGUCCUGCAAACUUCUGAACUCCUCUACUGGGAGAAAAAGACCUUGUGACAAGGAAAGUGGCACUUUCUGUAAUUCAUCCCUGCAAUAAAGAGGAAGACCCAAAACACAUUUUUUAAGGCAGCUUGCUUUUGUCGGUUGAUCAGUUGUUCAGAAUCUAUUUUAACAUGAGUGCCAAGUGUAAUGAAUUGGUAAGAGAAGCUUAGAAAGGGAGCUCCCUCUUGGAAAGGGAGAAAACUUUUGCUCCGACUGUUAACAAGAACACCAUUGGAAAGGAAUGUGUUAAAUAACUGCUGUGUUUUUAGUGGUAAACAAACUGGGUUCAGCCACAACCUCCUGAAGUGGGUCAAAUACAAGUUAACAGCACAGGGCUUCCCCAUGUAUAAACAUACUCUUUCCACAUCAGUAUACCUGUGUAUGGGAUACACUACUAUCAAGCUGUGGUUAGCAAGUGGACAUAGGUGCAUAGAUUAAAGUUGCACAUGGCUUGCUUAUUUUAUAAACUAGAUCAGUUUCCUUUCUGCCACAAAAGCAAUAUAUUCUUGCAUGCUACCCCAAUCUCCGAGCAGCAUGAGAUUCCAGGGAUUCCAGGCACAUACCCAGAGUUCGUGUUUCCUUUUGGAAAUGAGGCACAGCAGAGACUGUGGUGUCUUUACGAUAUAUGGUUUACACAUUUAUACAACCUGAGCCUACGAUGGAGGCGUUCACAGCAUUAACACCCCAAAAGGGUCUUGUUUCUCCCAUAGCUCAAGCCUUAGAUUCAAACAGAAAUCAAGCAUCGCUCUCAAACAUUGCUCUGACUCUCUCUCUAGCUUGCUACUUUACUUCUAGAUUACAAAACUCUGUCUUUGUCUACUAACUAACUGGGAAUGGUCAGCAGGUCUUGAGGCAGAUACGAAGAUUAUGCCCAUGACUGGUGUGGGUUGCAGUUCUGCAGUCUAUCAUGUCUAAAAUGGCAUUUUAUUUAUUUAUUGUUUGCAUGGGCCCUACAUGGGCCCACCACUUAGUAAGGAGCCUGCAGCCUUUUACUUCAGCUUCAGCCCUGACAGCCACCAUUGAUCCUGAGACUAAAUAACAAUACAAGGAUUCUUCUUCUGCAUUGAGCUGCCCUCAAAGGCUGUUUGGUACAGUCAAACCUCUUCUUACGUCCACCUCCACUCGUGUCCAUUUCGCCCAAUGUCUGCGGCAAACCCGAAAGUAACCGGCAGGUUUGCCGCCAUUCACACAUGCGCAGGAGCAGCUAUCGCCGCCUGCACACAACAGCGCCUCUCUCAGCGACCCUUUUCAACUUCUAGACGGGCCUCCAGAACAGAUUGUGGUCGUGAGUAGAGGUUCCACUAUAUUUGCAUCUGUUGUAGCACAUGGGGGACUGUCUUCUUCGUAGUGACUUGGGCCCACUAUACCAUAAGCCUGGCGCCCUCUACAUGUUUUGGCUUACGUAUCCCAUCAGCCCAAGGCAGCAUUGCAAAUAGCUGAGAAUAAUGGGAGUUGUAGUCUAACAACAAGAUUGGGGGAAGCUGCUCUAUGAUAUGUUGAUCCCAGUUUCUCUCUCCUUCCUUAUGUUCCAAUCACAAAGUCUGUGAUUUUCUACCAGCAAUUUCUUGAUGAUGCCCUCUGUUGAAGAUAAAAUUGCCACAGUAAAUCAAAGAGGUUUUUUUUUACUAACGUGUGCUAAAAAGAGAUAGAGAGAGUCAACACUGGGCAAAAUAAUGGGGCAUGGCUUUUUGUUCUGCAAAAAAAUAAUCUUUUGGGGAUUAAGGGUUUGGUUUACUAAUGGGAAAUGAUUUCUUACAUAGCAAUUCACGGCAAAUUACUGGGAAUAAAUUCCCCUUGGUUUGAGUACUUUCAAGUUAGAUCAUGCAUACAGUAAUACGUUGGAUCAAAUUGGCAGACAAGACAUGUGACAGAAUUUGAACCACAGUAAUUAUGAAGAUCAAGAAACGUAUGUCUGCAAAAAUACAUUGCCUGCUUAAUAGAGAUGACACAGAACCAGAGCAAAUAAAAGACUAGAUGACAAAAUGGGCUCAAAAUAUUGGAGAAAACAUACCACUCGUUACCUGGGAUAUUCUGUGGUAAAAGGCACAUUGUUUCUCCUUAGAUAUGGGAAUAAGAGGAAAUUCCUUUAUCACCCCAGUUCAAAUACAAAAUAUAUAAAUAAAAAUUAGCCUCCCACACAUUGGAACUACCAAAAGGAAAGAGGAGAUUACUUUCAUAUAUGAUGCAACAUAAAUAUGUCUCAGGGAAAAAGAAUGAGACAAUUUAAAAAAUCUUAAGGUGUGAAAUUCCUCUUCAUCCUUUGUUCUUGUUGAACUAUGGAAAGUUUGGCUACGCCAGAACAUAAAGAAUUAGCUGUAAUAAGAAUAAAUGUGCUAGCUGAAGGAAAUUUUCUCUCUUUUUUGCAACUAAAUAUUGUGAUUUAUUGAUUAAGGAAAUAACUUUUCUCAGCUUCCCAUUUCUUGUACAAUGAAACAGUCCUCUGAAAAGCCUUUAGUCAAAGCUGAAACGAAACAAUGAAUACCAUGACUAUGACCAAUGAAUCUUGUUUAGAUAAAUCUAUUGAUGCUAAAAGAAAGACUAUGGCCAAGUAGUUUCUGAUUAAUCGCCAUUAAUUGGGACAAAUGCACAAAACCUACAGUUUUUCCAGAGGGCUGCAGUGAAUGGCAAAACUGUUUGAAUGUGUGUGGAAGGAAGAUACAUGAAAGGGCUAAAUAAAUAAAUAUCUAGGUUGUCUAAAAUGCCAGUGCUAAAUAUAAUCUUUACUACUAUCAACAGGCAUGGCCUUCUUUGGCAGUUUUUAUUCUAUUCUUGAUUGCUGGUGUAGAUAAAAGCCUAACUUUGUCUCACACCCAGGUAACAUCCCAAGAAUGGAGCCUGACCAAAAUGGAGCUGGCCCUCAGCCUGACCAGCAACCCCCACCUCCCAUAAGCAGCUCUGAAGCGCUGCCUACUGAGAAUGGUCUAGAGAAACAAAGUGAAAAGUCGCCUCCGAGGCCUCUGUCCCCUGAGAACGCAGCGCAUUCUCAGCCUGAAAUAAAGCUGUGCGAUAUAUCUGAGGAGCUGAGCCGACAGCUGGAGGACAUUAUUAAAACCUACGGGUCAGCUGCCAGCCUGGUGGAGGAAAGGAAUGCUAAAGCGACAACAGACAGACCUGAGAAAGGAGAUUCCUUUAAUAAUGAGGAUGGAGAAUAUGAGGAUGCCCAUGAUGAGGCUGAGAAGGAACAGGCAGCUUCUGGGGAUGCGUCUGGAUCAAAGGAAUCCAGCAGCCAGAAAGAACAGAAGCUGGAAAAGAAAAUCCUGAAGGGACUAGGCAAGUAUCUCCUUGCGUAACUGAAAUGCAGAACUUAAUAGGACUCAUUGGCUAUGUUGGAAAAGGCGCCGCAGUGGUCGUCUCCAUAACAUUUAAUUGUUUGGUACCAAAAGUACCCAUUUUCUUCUUGGCUCUGGCCAGAAACCAGUUUUUAGUUUUAUUUUUAAUAUGUGACGCAAUAAUGGACAUACAUGGCAAUUAACUGAUGGUACAAUUCUGUACAUCACACCUAGACUUGUAUAUUUUGUGGGUGCAAUAAUGCAAAGCAGCAUUUACCAGCAGUUCUCAAGCCUGAGGGUCCCCAGAUGAUGUUGGACUACAACUCCCAUCAUCCUUGAGCUCUGGCCUUGCUAGCUAGGGGUGAUGGGAGUUGUAGUCCAACAACAUCUGGGGACCCACAGGUUGAGAAAGGCUGAUUUAGGCUAUUAUUAUUAUUACAGUCAUAACUUGGAAGUUGAACAGAAUCCGUCCAGAAGUCCAUUCGGCUUCCACAGCGUUCGGAAACCAAAGCGUGGCUUCUGAUUGGCUGCAGGAAGCUCCUGCAGCCAUAUCAGAAGCCCCGUUGGACGUUCGGCUUCCAAAAGAACAUUCGAAAACCGGAACAGUCACUUCCGGGUUUCAGUUAUUUGGGAGCCAAAACAUUUGAGAACUAGGCUGUUAGAAAACCAAGGUACGGCUGUAUUGGAUUUAUAUACAGCUUAAUUGCUAAAGUAUCUUCUUCAGUGAGUGUUUCAUCCAUCUUGAACUUGCACUAAACAUCAUACUAAAAAUUAGUCUGGCUGUCUGGCAAAAAUGUGGAAAUAGAACCACUGCAACAAGGAUCACCAACCUUUUGGAGCCCAUGAGCCCAUUUGCCAACCAGAAAGCACGUGUAGCACAUGGGUAACAUAUGGGUAGCCACAACCAGUGUGGCACAAGGGUGCUACAGUGACAACCCCUACGCGCUACUACCAUACUUAAAAGAAGGUCACCUAAAGUUGCUUCAGAAGCACCUGGCAGAAAUCUAAAGAGAAAUGUUCCACACAAACUGCUGCUAACAUUUCCAAAUAUAGAAGCCAAAACCAAUUUAAAAUGCAGCUUCCAGUUGUUAAAAAUUCUUGUAUUUUGCAUGAAGUGCUCUCUGUGAGAAUGUCCUUUUUAAAAAUUACUUCAGGAAAAGAAGCUACCCUGCUGAUGCAACAUUUGAACAAGCUGAAUACCCCAGAAGAGAAGCUGGAGAUCCUAUUUAAGAAGUAUGCUGAACUGGUUAGUAUAGCAGCUACGGAGAAAGGAUAGAGACAGCCCCACUUUAAAGUGUAUACAUCUAAAAAUAAUAUUGUAGAGCUGGUGAAAGUGCAGAAAGGGGACAGCUAAAACAACUUUUCCUCCCCUGGGGGCUUUUUAGCAAGCAAGGAAGGACAUGAUAAGUGUUUGAAAUGAUGCAUGGUGUGAAGAAAGUAGAUUGAAAGAAGUUCUCUCCAUCUCUCAUAGAAUACAGCCGAGGGUCAUCCAAUGAGGAUGAGAUGUAGCGAUGGCCAGCAGCACAGACAGCUAUAAAAGGGAAUUGGGCAAUAUAUUAUUCACAGAACACCAGUUGCUGGGGUGCAACUUAUCCUCAUGUCCUACUUGAGAACUUCCUUUAGGCACCUGCUUGGCCCCUGUGGGAACAUUAGGAAGGGUCAUAGCACUGUGGCAGAAGAUCCUAGGUUCAGUCUCCAGGUGGGGCUGGGGAAAGCGCCUGGCUGAAACCCUGGAGAGCCACUAUUGAGCUAGAUGGGCCAGUGGUCUGAUUUGGUACAAUAUGCCUUUAUAUGUUCUUAGCAUAUUCCUGGACUUGGUCUUAUCCAGCAGGCAGGGCACUUUGUGUGCUCUUAUAUGUGAUGCGAUGUUGGGUUCUUGGGUUACAACCUGGGGGCUGAUAUUAUGCUUCUAAGAGCCCUGCUGGAGCAAUAAGAAGAGAGAAUUCCCCCACACACACACACACAUACACACAUAUGGUUUUCCCUUGGACCUCUCAUUUGACCCCUCUAACGUCUGAUGUUGGGGUCGUGCUUGAGGCAGCAAGUAGAGGUGAGGGGUGAGGAUGAAGGAGCAAGGCAUAGACCAGCAUAGCUUCAGCUCCAUCAUGUCCCGCUCUUGCUUUAUCAGGGUUGCAACUUGGCAAGCUUAGUUCUGAGACAUUAUAUUGUUAGAAGUUUGCGGGUGCUGAAUGCCUUGGUUUAGUAGUUGGAAUUUAAUUAGAGCUUGUGUGUUAGAACCGGGGGAAAGCUGGACUCUGUGUGUUUUAAGAUAGAUUCAUGUGUGUAUUUCACCUGUGUGCUAGACACUUCUAGUCAUUUAAUUAACAUUAAUUAAUUAUGCUGGGCAAACUUCCUAAGUUGUGUCUUAGGUGGUUCUUAAUCCUUGGAAAUCAACAGGAGUUGAAAGGUAAUGGAGUCAGCCUAAUUUCCUUUGAGGGAAUGGCCUGGGGAUAAUGAGCCACUAGCACAUCAAAAGGGCAGGAACUCUCCCUAAGUUAGAAAAGACAGAGACAAUAAAUGCUAAGGGGGAACUAUUUGACAGGAGGAAGUUAGGGGUCAGAGAGAGGCACGACUGGUUGCUGCUGGCUGCAAGGCUGGAGUUGUUGUGAGAGGAACAGAAACUUACUGGAAACUGAUGCUGCAGAACCUCUCAAAUCUACACUCAGAUUGUAUAUAUGAGCAAAUAAACCAUAUAUCAUAAAGACACCACAGUCUCUGCUGUGCCUCAUUGUCCAAAAGGAAACACAGAUCCUGGUACCCCAGAAUCUCACACCGCUCAGAACAUUAUAAAAGCAGAGAUCAGGUUCAACAGACACCAUAUAAUACAAAGAGUCCGAUAUUAUAGAGAGAUACGGAAUAAUCCAUAAGAUAUUAAAAUCAAAACUUUAAAAAAGCAUUACCCAGAAUAUUUUUCAGGAGCAAAUUGGGCUGAGGGAGGGGAAACAGCAUUUUGGUUAAAAAUGUUUUUAAAAAUUGUAAAAAUUGUAAGGCAGAACAUUUGCUGUUGAAGUGAUGCAUGUCCACCCUUGUUUGAUAAACUUGGACAGGAAUGACUGAAGAAAGCCUGUUUUGACCACCAAUGCAAAGCCUUCCAGCUUCUCCAGGGGGGAAAGGAGCGACCACAAGUCAGAUAAUUGUUUUCCUUUCAGCAAGUGUUAAAAUUACUUUAUCAUUUUUUAAAAAAUGAAAAAGACCUGCUACAAACCUCAAACCACCUAUUCUGAAAUGAACAGUUACAGCUUCAGGUUACAGGAACCAGACUUUGGUCUGACCUCAUAUUUCCUUUGGCCAGCAUCUAUUUAAUUUGGAACAAUUUCUUUUGGAGCUGUCCACCUUUAAGUAAUGCUUAUUGAAACCUUGGUUUUUCAGCCGCUUUCUUUUAUCAUUGUCUUGUGCUGUGCCCAAGGGGGAUGACAGCUUAGCAAAAUCUAUGCCUGGGCUGAGAUGAGUGAGGUCAAGGAAGCUGCUGAAAGGUCUUGCAGUGAUGUCAUGGGUAAAAUUGUCAACUUUUAAAGUGAAUUUUAGUCUUGUGCCUCUUUACCAGCUGUGAAGCCAUUAGUAGGUGGUGAUGCUUAUCUCAGUUCUAUAAAAAGCUUUGCCUGGUGAUUUCUGCAUAGCAAGCUGCUGUUAAAAGGUGCAAGCUCAGGCAGCCAGGACAAUUCCCUCCACUCCCAGGGCAGAUGCAAAUGCCGGUCAUGGCCACCAUCCAAGAGUUCUGCUUUCCAAAGGUAAAAACCACUAUACAGCUAGCGGCCUGAUUUGCUGGGAAAGUGGUUUAUUAAGAACAGGAUCAUUGUCCUAGCAACUUAUCAAUCAAUUAAGCACAACUCUCAUUUUAUCUCUUCGCUGUAAAAACAAAAUGAGCAGUCAUGGGAGGCAGAUGAUUUAAUGGUUCCCUGCAGCAAACCAGAACUCCCACUCAAAUAAAUAUUAGUUUCUGUUUCUGUCCUCCCUUUACCUCCCCCCCUUUUAUUUUUUAGCUGGAGGAACAUCGUACUGAACAGAAGAAACUAAAGUAUCUGCAGAAAAGGCAGACACAGCUCACAAAGGAGAAGGACCAGUUGCAGAGUGAACACAGUAGAGCCGUCCUUGCCCGAAGCAAACUGGAAAGUCUCUGCAGAGAGCUACAAAGACACAACAAAACCCUGAAGGUAAAACAGAGGGCUUAUCCACACUUCCUCUUCUCCCGUUGCUUUCCCCCUGGGAAAGCCACUCUUAAACCACUCAGAGCCGUGCUUUAUAGGCAUGGAACAAGGCCUGAGAAGAACACACUGACAACUGCACUAACUUGUCUAUUCCCAAUCCAGAAAGUCUGGCAAUUUGUAGUCCUGUGGAUAAGUGAACUGUCUUUAGCAAGGAAUUUGAAGCAUUCUCGAAUCCCAAUUCAAUGGUCUUCAGAAGAUGCCAUGACACUAUUUCAAAUCAGUUUAAAUAUAUUGUGGCUGAUGGCCAAGGAUUCUCUUGUGCAGUGGAUUAGUUUUUCAAUGGUGAUCAAUGGCGGUUAACUGGCAAACUCUGACAGGUUUAGAGUGUAUCUGUGUGGAGAAAUGGCUGUUUUUACAUUAUUGGAAUGGAGAGAAAAGAGGGCUGUGAAUUAGCUCAAGUCUGGAAAUGCUUGAAAGUACAGGACCACUUUUUGAAUAGCCUGGUAGCGGCACACUGCUUCAAUUUUUGCUCAUAUUUGUACUUUGGUAAGCAAAGUAAAUGUGGGUUUACAUUGCUCCAAAUCCAUUUUGUGCUGCCCAGGCAACUUUACAAUAGUAUAAUGUAGAUGUGUAUGCCAGCAAAUUUGGAAAACUCAGCAGUGGCCAGAGGAUUGGAGAAGAUCAGUCUACAUCCCAAUCCCCAAGAAGGGCAGUGUCAAAGAAUGCUCUAACUACCGCACAAUUGCACUCAUUUCACACGCUAGCAAGGUUAUGCUUAAAAUUCUACAAGGCAGGCUUAAGCAGUAUGUGGUCCGAGAACUCCCAGAAGUGCAAGCUGGAUUUCGAAGGGGCAGAGGAACCAGAGACCAAAUUGCAAACAUGCGCUGGAUUAUGGAGAAAGCUAGAGAGUUCCAGAAAGACAUCUACUUCUGCUUCAUUGACUAUGCAAAAGCCUUUGACUGUGUCGACCACAGCAAACUAUGGCAAGUUCUUAAAGAAAUGGGAGUGCCUGAUCACCUCAUCUGUCUCCUGAGAAAUCUCUACGUGGGACAAGAAAUACAGUUAGAACUGGAUAUGGAACAACUGAUUGGUUCAAAAUUGGGAAAGGAGUACGGCAAGGCUGUAUAUUGUCUCCUUGCUUAUUUAACUUAUAUGUAGAAUUCAUCAUGCGAAAGGCUGGGCUGGAUGAAUCCCAAGCCGGAAUUAAGAUCGCCGGAAGAAAUAUCAACAACCUCAGAUAUGCAGAUGACACAACCUUGAUGGCAGAAAGUGAAGAGGAAUUAAAGAACCUUUUAAUGAGGGUGAAAGAGGAGAGCACAAAAUAUGGUCUGAAGCUCAACAUCAAAAGAACGAAGAUCAUGGCCACUGAGCCCAUCACCUCCUGGCAAAUAGAAGGGGAAGAAAUGGAGGCAAUGAGAGAUUUUACUUUCUUGGGCUCCAUGAUCACUGCAGAUGGUGACAGCAGUCACAAAAUUAAAAGACGCCUGCUCCUUGGGAGAAAGGCGAUGGCAAACCUAGACAGCAUCUUAAAAGCAGAGACAUCACCUUGCCAACAAAGGUCCGUAUAGUUAAAGCCAUGGUUUUCCCAGUAGUGAUGUAUGGAAGUGAGAGCUGGACCAUAAAGAAGGCUGAUUGCCAAAGAAUUGAUGCUUUUGAAUUAUGGUGCUGGAGGAGACUCUUGAGAGUCCCAUGGACUGCAAGAAGAUCAAACGCAUCCAUUCUUAAGAAAAUCAGCCCUGAGUGCUCACUGGAAGGACAGAUCAUGAAGCUGAGGCUCCAAUACUUUGGCCACCUCAUGAGAAGACAAGACUCCCUGGAAAAGACCCUGAUGUUGGGAAAGAUGGAGAGCACAAGGAGAAGGGGACGACAGAGGAUGAGAUGGUUGGACAGUGUUCUCGAAGCCACAAACAUGAGUCUGACCAAACUGCGGGAGGCAGUGGAAGACAGGAGUGCCUGGCGUGCUCUGGUCCAUGGGGUCACGAAGAGUCGGACACAACUAAACGACUAAACAACAAUGUAGAUGUGCUCCCUGUUUAAUGUUUUUUUGAGUGACAAGCAUGCUGAUUGGAGUGCACCUUAUUCUAAGGUUACCAGAUUUUUUCCCAUGAAUCCGGGGACACUUUUCAACUUUGGUCAGAAUGGAUGGAUUUUGUCAGGGGACUGAUUUGUAAAUCUGGGGACUGUCCCCGGGAAACGGGGACGUCUGGUAACCUUACCUUAUUCCCACCUCUCACAUUAGGAACAAUGACCAUCUCCUAGUUAGUUAUUAAUUGUGUGCCAUAAUUGCAAUUUUUAGGCUGUGCUAUUGUUUCCAGUAUUUACAGUUUUGUGCUAAAAUGACUGAACGGAGGUACAGGUAUAUGGCCCAGACUGAGCAUAUGGUAAAUUUACCCAGCAUCUCUCUGGAUUGCAUUAUGAGAUUCCUGUUGAUUUAUGUAUGACAGAUGUGAGGAACCUUCCAGAUGUUGAUGGACCACAACUCUGUCAUCAUCAAUCAUUGGCUAUGCUGCCUGGGAUUGAUAGGAAUUAUAGUCCAACAGUAUCACAGAUGCCCAUCUCUUAUUGUAUGGACACCAGUGUCAUGUUAACAGUGCUUUUGAUUGCACCUGGAGUGAAAGAAGACAGCUUUGCUCCCUGUUAAGGAAACAAACUGCAAGGCACUGAGGUGGGCACUUUGUGCUUUGCUCAGUUGGGUUGCACCAGUGAAGCAAAUGACAGAAUUAUUUGUAUUGCCAGGCCAAAGUGCUUUUUAGAUAUUUGUGUCCUUCUUGCCAGCAGCGUUUUAGCACUGAGGCACUUCUGCAAAUAUCUAUUGCAACACAAGCCACAGAAUGUGUAUCCAGUCAUUCAGUAAGACUGCAUGCCUGCCUCACCAUGCUAACUGGGAUCUAAUAAGUGCAGCCAAUGCAUUUAAUUUUGAUAAACCAAUUUGGCACUGGGAAAGACCUUUUACUUGACCCACCUCUGGGGUUGUUGGUUUUUUUGUAUUUCCCAUGUGUCUCUCUGACAUAACAUUGCACAUGUUCAAAUGGGAAGAUAUUGAAACAGUGGCAAUGGGGACCUAUAUGCAAUGAAUUUAUGCUAUGCUGCCACUGUAAUGUUUUAAACAGCCGGCCAGCUCAUGGGUGCAUAGUCUGAUAACUGCUCCCAAUCCUAGCUAGAAAACAAACAAACAAAUGAAAUACAGUGGUACCUUGGGUUACAGAUGCUUCAGGUUACAAACUCCACUAACCCAGAAAUAGUACUUCGGGUUAAGAACUUUACUUCAGGUUGAGAACAGAAAUUGCAUGGCGGCAGCACAGCGACAGCGGGAAGCCCCAUUAGCUAAAGUGGUACCUCAGGUUAAGAACAGUUUCAGGUUAAGAACGGACCUCUAGAACUAAUUAAGUUCUUAACCCGAGGUACCACUGUAGCUUCAACAUAUUAUAUCAACAAUCCUUCUAGUGUGUUGCAGCAGUGGAAAUGAGGAGGUAAUCAUUCCAAAUCCUAUGUGUGCUUACUACAAAAGAAGGGCUGCUAAAUUCAAUAGAACUUCAUCCCAAUUAAGUGUGCAUAGAAUUGGAGUCUCAGCAACAUUUUUGCAGUCUCCACAUCCAUGUUUGUGCCUUUUUGGAUUAAAUGAAUUGCAGCCAAAUACUGCUUUCUUAAUCUAUUUUUUGUCCACUGAGGGUACCUGAUACCGUAGCAUGGGGACUACCUUCAGCUUAAAAGUACUCUGCUAGAAACCUUAGUCUUAAUUCGGUUACUCUAUCUUCUGUAACAAUAAAUCUUUGUUUGUGUUGGUCUGCCCAGAUGUAACUCCUUGCUCUUUUCAAAGCUACUAUCUCAUUAGUGGAUGUUUUUAUGCUCAUUAUCUGGCUUCUACAGUGCACUCUUUUUUUGCAGGAUACACUGGUGACAACUCCCAUUUGUUCUGCAGCAAAAGUGAACCGCAUAAGCAGCUGCCCUGCUGUUUUUGAUCUUGUAAUCUGAAUUAAAGUGGCAUCUUAAGUCUGACAAGUGAGAUGGAGCCAUGCAGCUCUGUCCCUGUCUACUGGCCAACUGUUGUCUUGAGUACAAUACAGGGCCCAGCUCCACAACCCUGCCAGUAUUAUAUCAAUGGCCAGAAGCCCUGCCAGGCACCGUGGUACAAGUUCAUUGCUCAGAUUCAACCCACCAGCACACGGCCAGCAGCUUCUGGUAGGAAAUCCUUUGUUCCCAAACCCCAUGAAUCCUAAGAAUAAAAUGCCAGCUACAGACAUAGGCUGUUAGUUACUGCCUUCUUGGUCAACGUACUGUCAGCUUUUGCCUGAUUUUUGGCAAAAUGUGACUGAAAUUAAUUGUGUGCCUCCACCUUGCUUCCAGAAUAGGGCCAGGGAGGCUUCAUAACAUGAGAGGGCUGCUGCUUAACAGGAGAAUCCCUGAAAGACAUACACACACACACAUGCGCCCGCACACACAAAAUCGAGUGGAAUAGAACAGAUAAACCCACACACUCCCAAGCCCCUUAAAUACAGGAGAUAGUGGCGUACAAUGGUGUAGUGUUAAAUUUUGAAGUGCAGGAGCUCAUCAAGAAAGCUCUCAAAGCCAUGUUCCCAAAAAGAGUCACAGGCAUUCUCGUAGUACCCAAAUUAUUAGGAACACUGGAAGAACAAUCCUAUAUAAAAUUUCCAGGGAGUGGUUUCCAUGGAACUCAGUGAUUCUGACUGCUUACAUUCACCUUGGAAGACACAGUGAGUCUUAACAAAAGAUCACCAGCCUGUUGAAAUGAAGCCUUUGGCUUUUUCUUGAGAAAUGCAAAAGAUCUUGCUAAGAAGUUUUCCUGCUGAAAUUGCUAGCAUGAAGCCUAUCAGAGGACAGAACUAUCCAGCCUCUCUUUGAUUGAUUGAUUGAUUGAUUGAUUGAUUGAUUGAUUGAUUGCUUUUUCCAAAUCUGCUACAAAUGAACUUGUCAGCUUUAUCACCUCAUUUAUGUGACAGGUCAAGGAGGGUCCAUUGGUCUAGUAUAUGACACUGGUGGUUUUAUUAAUUUGUGAAUUGCCUUUUAUAUAACUCUCCAAGUGAUUUGCAAUCCAACAAUAAUAAUCAACUAAAAAAGAUUUUUAAACUAUACAAAACAACUUGAGGUGGGAUUAAAAGCACUACAAAUAAACACCCAAUUUUUUUCAUAUAGUUGGAACAGUUUGUAGAAACAAAAAUGCCUUGUUUGUAGAAAGUAUAAGUAGUCCACACCUGUACAAAGGGUGGGUGCUUGUCAUAUCUCUACAGUCUUUGAGGUAGGAAUGGGGAACCUGUGGCCCUCUAGAUACUGUUGACUCCAACUUCCAUCAUCGUGCUGGCUAGAGAUGAAGGUAGCUGGAACUGCUGCAACAUCUGGAGCGCCACAAGUUCUCCAGCCCUGCUGUGUGUCUACAAAGCUGACUUCAUGGACCAGGAAAGAGAUGGGUGUGGGGGGAAGAGGGGUUAAGAAAGGAAGACAAAUGUUGUCUUUUAUGCAUGUGUUGACAUGUGUUUACCCUGUUUUUUGACCUUCGUCCUGAAGGUUGCCUUCAAAGAUUUACCACACUUACCAUAAAAUAAAACCAUCAGUAUUUUAAACUCAACAAAACACAACUGAAAAACUUGCAUAGUGGUACAAUCCUGUGCAAGUUUCCUUGGAAAGAAAUCCCACUGUGUUCUGUGGUGCUUACUCCCAAUGAAAGAAAUAAAAUUUAAGAAAGCUUUCCCCUUCCUUUUUACAUAUACAGAGACAACAAGAGAGGGAAACCAGUUUGUAAUGUUUAUUUAAUUGCUGUUGCAAAUUCUAAGCCCUCAAAUCAGAGCAAGAAACACUUCAAUCUCAAUAUCGUAAAUGAGGCGCAAUAAUGAAUGUGCCCCCCAAAGUCAUUAUUUCGUCUGCCCUCCCAUUCCUGUUUGAAGGGCACCCAAAUCCCCCUGCAAAAGGAUGCGUCUCUCACUCAUUCACUACAAUAACAAAAAUCUGGAUGCUAAUUAUCUCCUAUGGAAAUAAUAUAAUUUGCUUUUAUUGGAAUAUUGCAUUACAGGAGGAGACCCUUCAGCGAGCAAGAGAGGAUGAGGAAAAAAGGAAGGAGAUCACUAAUCAUUUCCAAGGCACCUUGAACGAUAUCCAGGGGCAGAUUGAGCAGCAAAGUGAAAGGAACAUGAAGUUGUGCCAGGAGAACAGUGAGCUGGCAGAGAAAUUGAAAAGUAUCAUAGAUCAGUAUGAAGUCAGAGAGGAGGUGAGAACAACAUACAAAUACUGCAGAAGGCUAACUUGUGCCAGAUCUGUUGCCGUAAUUUCUAGUCUUCUCUGUUCAUUCCUCUUGCAAGUGCAUUCAGCUUUUGGCAAAAAGCAGCAUAGCUAUUUAGUGUAUAUGCUCACCCACCCAUUCACUGCAGGUAAGUUUCAAAAAGCAUCUCUAAAGAAAUAUGCAAACCAAGAAUCCUUCUCCCCUUACAUGCCCAGCUUUGGAGCACAAAUUAGUAGCUUAUUAAUUUGGUUAUUUAUUGGAGUAUGCUCCAUACUGGGUAUACACAGGGCAUCUAAAAUCUAAGUUUUAAAUAUCUAAAAUAUUUGCCUUUGGCUGUUGUCAUGCUGGUGACUGAGUGCACAUGUAGCAGCUAAGUUUAAACAGGGUGAGGGAAGCCUGGGAAGCCCCAGGCAGAGCAGUCAACCCAAGGAGGUCUUCCAAUGAUCUUCCUGUUGUCAUUGCUGCCACUGGUGGAAUGAAGGGGGAAAUGUCCUUGUUGUUGCCGCUGCUGAGAGAAGCCCCAGAAGAAGGUGGCAGGGACUGAAGGGAAGAAAGCCUUUCUGCCCUUCAUUCCCACCCUGGCAGCUAGUGGCCCACGGUCUGAACAGGAAGAGCGAGUGAGGAGGCGAGCAGAGGAAGUAAGCCAGGCCCAGGCAGGCAGGAGGACUGAGUGUGUGGAGAAAGGGAGCAUUCCCUUCCCAAUAUCACUGGCUGCUGCCCCUAACCAAGGCGGAAGGAAGGUUGGUGCAGUAAGUGGCAGCAGAAGCAUCAGAUUGCCUCCAUCGCUGUACUCCCAUGACUCACUCCUCCCCUUUCAGUUAAGUGUCAGUGACCCAAGAAGUCAGUCAAGCAACAGUUACAGGGAACCAGGCAGAGGGCCUUCUCGGUAGUGGCACCCGCCCUGUGGAAUGCCCUCCCACCAGAUGUCAAAGAGAGAAACAACUACCAGACUUUUAGAAGACAUCUGAAGGCAGCCCUGUUUAGGGAAGUUUUAAAUGUUUAAUAGAUUGUUGUAUUUUUAUAUUCUGUUGGAAGCUGCCCAGAGUGGCUGGGGAAACCCAGCCAGAUGGGCGGAGUAUAAAUUAUUAUUAUUAUUAUUAUUAUUAUUAUUAUUAUUAUUAUUAUUAUAACAGAGAGCUCCACCUGCAUCAUCUCAGCAACCACUAGAGUUGGAGUUGUUGUGUGGGGAGGAGUUCAGGGUAUGGUGGGUAAGCAGAGUUGGCGAGCAAAGUGAGCAGGAGCAGAAGCCCCAACAUUUAAACAUGUCAUGCUUACUUGACUGUUAACCCUAAUAUUCAGUUAGGCCAACCUUAGAUAAAUGUGCAUAAGGACUGCAAUUUUAUGUGGAUUUUUUAAAAUCUAAAACUCCAUUAUUUCUAUAGGCAGGAAAAUCACUACAUCUAAACAAAAUGCAUUGCAAUGUGUUUUCUUCCAGCACCUAGAUAAGAUAUUUAAGCACAGGGAGCUUCAGCAGAAACUGGUGGAUGCCAAGCUGGAACAGUCGCAGGAAGUGAUGAAAGAAGCUGAGGAACGACAUCAGCGAGAGAAGGAAUAUGUAAGUACUUGCCUUUAGCUUUAUUUUUCCCUUUAGGCCAAGCACAGGUCUGGAAUGCCAUCUUCCCAUUUUAAGUAGUUGUUCCUGGUCUGAACUGAGACAAGUGGCCUCCUAUCUCAGCACUGAGCGGCAUCCACCCUGGUUUAAAAUCUGUAACAAUACACAAGCCGGUGCCACUGGGCCUGGUGGGGCAGAAGGCAGGGAGGAAGAGUAGGGGGCGCCUGAGCCAAUGGCAGGCAGAGGCAGCAAACUCUAGUUUUGCUUCCAUUCUCUUCCCUGUUCCACAAAGUUGACACUGAAGCGAAGGAAGGGGAAGCUGACAAGCAGUUUCACCACUGGAGUGAUUGUAAGUUAGAGAGCAGGCAGGUGGACUCAGGACAGACUGAAGCCAAUGCAAACAAGCCUACAGUUUGCUCAAGCAUCUGAUGCCCCCAUGAGAAAUUAUGUUUGUUUGCCAUAGCGAUAUCCUACAGCUUUCUGGGUACACAUGCUGUUAUCCAUGCUUCUUCUUACUUCAGUCUUGUGAUGUCUAUUAGACCAAGACAGGAACUAGCCUGAAGGCACCCAGUGAGAUCCAUGACCAAGAGACAAUUCUGAAUCCAGAUCUUCCCAGUCCCAGCAUUCUUCACACUAGGCUACACUGGCUGUGUUAUGUUUUGGUGCACUAGGGCACUUGGAAAUUAUAGCUAUCUAAGCAUGAAGCUUAGCAAACACAAGACUCCUUUAACAUCUCUGCUUCUGUGCAGUCAAGUACUCCCUGACUGAAUUAUAACCUACCCACAAACAAAUCGGAGUGAAUGGUCAGUAGCCAGCUGUGUCUAACCUCUGCACGCUUUUUUUUUUUUUUUGGCAAAUAAAUCCUGAUGACUGCUCAAUAAACAGGUGAUCUGGAAGCAGCCUUCUUUUCAGAAGACAAAUUGAGAGUAAAAAGCGAAGGCUGAAAGCAAGAGCCAUCAGACAAUGGAAUAGCUCUGCUGCCUCCCUGUGGCACAGGGGAAGCUGUUCUCACUCAUAUGGCAUACUGGCUGUUUGUACAACUAGUCGUGUUCGUCAUAUUAUUAAAAACUCAAAUGUUCAAUGCAGUACUCUUAUCCUUACAACUUUAAACAUGCCUUAGGAAACAUUUUCCAGGGAUGUACACCCCUUUUCCUAGUUUUCAUGAAUUUCAAGAGCUCCCUAGACAUUUUAUCAUUACAAAAUUGGCAACUACUCUUAGCUGCUGAGAGAAAGACACCCCCGCCCCAAGAUAUACCCAAAUUUCCCUAAGAUAACCAGCUUAGUAUCCAUACAGAGGGGCUUGAUCUAGCACUGAUACAGCAGGUAGCCAGUUACCAUCAGCAUCAUACUUCAUCCCCAAGAUCAGGUCUAGAUUUAAGUGGAGGCCAUGACCGCAUGCAUUCAUCCAGACAGGUAUUGCUGCCACCGAACCAGCUUCAGCAUUCGCAUGAAGGGGGUCACUCCAGGGAGUCAAUUCCAGUUUCAUUUUACUAACUCAUUUUACUAAAUUACUAAUUCUUCUUUAGAAAGGGGAGGAGUUCCAUUUUGACAGGUUGCUAAGCGUUUUGUCUGCAGGCGUUGGUUUCACAGGAAAAGGCUGUUGGAAAACACCUGGGCAGGUGGAUGUUGUUACUGGUAUUGCCUCAGACAAUAUGUGAACCAGUAGAUAGAAGCAGGCUAACUUCUUAAUAACGACUGCGGCACUCUUGUGGUUGUUUAGUGACUCCUGGUAAACUUUAUGUCCAGAACCUUGAGGUUGUAAAUUCAGUCUCAAGAAUGACUGGAGGUUAUAAAUUCGUGAGGGGGGCGGGUGUUUGCAGCCUUCUGAAUUCAUCUAGCUCCCCAAAGCAGACUUGCAUUGUGAGAAGAGAAACUGUAGGUCCCCCUGCCCCAUGUUGCUUAUAAUAAUACAUAUUUUUCCCUGAGGCUGAAAGGUGCUAGAUAGUCACCACAGUUCAAAGUUCCAGGCUCUUUGGGCAGCUUUGGGAUUGACAGGCCAACAUAACCCAUUGCUACCUACAGCCACAGCAACAUUUGCUCUCAACACCAGUGCUAUCAGCUUAUUAGAAUUGAAGAUGAACUCCAGGUUCCAUUGACUAAUUGGCAACUUCCCUCUGUCCAUGUCUUGUGAAUUCCCAUUUAUUGAAAUUAGGCCAGAGCACCUUUCUGGAGCAAUGAAAAUUGUCUGUGGUCAUAAGAAGUUUGGAGAAAUUCUUCUCUGAAAAAGUUAUUUACUACAUCCCUGUCUUUUAAUUAGAAUGCCAGUUUAGACAGGAAAGUUCAGGCAGAAGGGAAUCAGAGCAGUCCCACUGAGGCUGUGCUAAGCCUAGCCUGGAGCAGUUCAACUUUAACAAGAUUCUUCGGACGUUUCUAUAAUUCUAGGAGUGGGCAAGAGCUGAAGAACAAGCUUUAUGGGUGUAAACUGCAUUCAGUAGCACUGUACUAUAUUCUUUACGAAUUGGUUUCUGCUUUGAGUCCUUCCUCGUUUCUGCUUCAUAUUUUAUUAAUAAAAAAAUACCAAUAUUUGUGUCUGGCUGAGCAGGUUGGCUUCUGAAGAUUACCUCAGGCUGCAUUUUUUAUUUUGAUUUUUUAAAAAAAAAAUUCAUGCUAAUUUAAAACACUGCUUUGAACAUUUGCUUUUAUUGCAGGAUAACUCCUAGGUGUUUUUUAAAAUAAAUAUUUAAGAAUAACUUAAAAUACAUUUGCUACAGGACAUCAAUAAGACCAGAGAAGGUGGGGGGGGGACUGUUUAGUGAGCCACAACAGAUUACUGGAAAAAAUGAUUUCUGCCUCAUCAGUUAUGCUGGACUUCUUCAGCAUGCCAGCUGGAAUAUGUGACAGUGAAGGCCUGAUGAAAUUUUUAAGCAGUGUCAAAACCCAGACAGUUUGCAGGAUAAAUGACUAUCCUGAAGACCUUGACCCUCAGGCUAUUCAGCAUUUUGUUUCAUACCGUUAAACACAACCUACCUGUAAUUCUCCCAAAAGAUUUUAUUUUUAUCUCGCUGCUUUUUUUUUAACCUCUGGUGAAGGAAGUAAAAAAACCCACACCCACCUAUCAUUUUGAAAGCCACACGAAACAGCCCUUGUGUAUAUUGCUUAACUUCAUUGCUCUAGCUUUUGCAGCAGUUGUUUGGAAAGUUAGAAUGCUAACAAUGGCAGACUUUGGGGUCUCAAAUUUCAGCAGUGCCAAAAUUUGGUGCCCCCUGCCUCUUUCCUUCUGUUCUACAUCAUAGUUGUGGCACCUCCAAGAUAGUAAUGUGUGCAGUGCUUUUUUUUUCUUUUAAAAAAAAUGUUUAGGGGUACUCUCAUUUUCCUACUCAUAUUGAAAUACUGCCCCUCAGUGAGGCCAAACUUAGAUUCUCAACAUGUUUAGGGGUAUGCGUACCCUCAGAAAAAAAGCACUGUGUGUGUGUGUGAGAGAGAGAGAGAGAGAGAGAGAGAGAGCUUUGCAAGUACGUAGAUGGAUUCUAAAGACUUUUGACUGAAAUAAAAAGUCCAAGUAUUCCACUGCUAUUCCUUUUGUGUCAAACACAGCUACUUAACCAAGCUGCAGAGUGGAAACUACAAGCAAAAAUGCUGAAGGAGCAAGAGACAGUUCUCCAGGCCCAGGUGAAGAACAGCUGCUGUCUGUAUGACGUGCCUCUUUAUUUGAAGGGGGGCGGGAAUGAAUGUACUAAAGACAGGGGAGAGUUUAAUAUAUGGUUGCGCUUUACGCUUCAUUAAAGCAUAUCCUCUGCAAGCAAAGGUCAGAUGAGCGCGCACUUGGGAAGUAUUUGCAUUGAUCUGUCCAUAAUCUAGGCCACAUCUCAAGGGGCAGGAAGAAUCAAAACAUAUGAUGACCAGGGUCAGAGGAAUAUUAUUAUUUUACUGUAUGGGGUCAUUUUCUCUUUAACUUUACACCAGCAAUUAUUUAUUUAGUGCAGAGUGAGGAACCGAUGGCCUUCCAGAUUUUAUUAGAUACCAGCUUCCAUCAGACGCAGCCAGCAUGCCCAGUGGUCCCUGCCCCUGCCUUGGUGGUUUCUUCCAUUGUCCCAUGUCAGAGGCUAUUAAUUAUUUGUUCUCUUUUUUAUUAUUUUUGCAAGCUACUUUAGGUAUGUUUCACUUCAUGAUAGUUUUAUUUCUAAUGGGUGGUUAGUCUACGGGCCAUAUCCAGCCCUCUCAAUCAUUUUCUUGUGGUUUCCAACCCACCCUUUCCCCCAUUUUUUUAGAAAAGUAGUUUUUUAAAAUUGAAAAUGCAAAAAUAUUUAUGACCCCCCACCGCUCCAAAUGUGCCCUUUAAAGCAAACUAAAAAUUAGCUAUACUUCCUUUUAUACCUUGGACAAGUCCACUUUGACAUGUUAAGUCUCCCUUGUUUUAUAAGAUUAUAUAUUCUGCUUUUUAAUCAACUGAUUCUCAAGGCAGCUUGAAAUUGACUAUAACACCACAUACCUCAAAAAUGGAGGCAGACAUGGGGCAGAUCAUAUGGCAAGAUGAGAGUUGCUGUUUUUUAAUGGAUAUGUGAUGUUCCUACUUCCUGUUUUCGAGUCAGUUACUCUUGUGUACCACGACCUGUCAGCUAUAGAACAAGUAACAAUAAGUGGAAGACUUGAGUGCAGGGAUAGUCUUAGUACUAUUCUUAUUAAUGCUCUCAGACUUGGAAGUUUUGCUGGAUGGAGAAGGCAUUUCAAGGCUUUAAUGGGCAGCAAAGUAGUAACACAAUUCCAGAACUUGUUUUCAUGUUUACAAUAAAUAGGUGAAAUAAUGCAAAUGCUACUGAAGUCUUUUAAAUAAAUUUGUUACUGGAUUAAUUUAUUAAGAGAGAGCCACCCAUGUUAUGUACUGUGCCCUUAUGACAAAACAGCAGAGGUAAGAGAAGAACUGGAUUUAUGAGAGAUUGAAAGACAUACGGGAGAGAAGACAUAAUCUGUCCAAAGGGAGGAAAGAACACAUUUUAAAAAUGCAAAAGUCUUUUGCCCUGACCACUAGAGGUCCCUCACAGACCUUAUCAAGCUUCAGAGCAUCCAGCACAUCUUAUUUACCUACUUUGAGUGAUGCUGGUGUUUAAACCUAAUAACAUAUGUGUUGGUUUUUUUGCUUCCGAGUGCCUUUUUCCUAUUUUUAGUUUUUGAUAUCCUCCUCUCAAAAGAUCAUUUGCCCCAAAUAGAUUAAAAUAUUCUGUAAGUAUAAAAUAAAUUAUUUGCUAAAAAUCACAGUCUCUUUCAUCUUGCUCUCUUCCUGCAAUAAUUUGAAGGUUUGGGCAGGGGGUUCACCUUUCUCGUUGUGGAACUGUGAACGGAAUUUGUGGAACUGACUUAUGUUUCCUUUCUCUGAAUGCAGCUUGCGCUCUAUUCUGAACGAUUUGAGGAGUUUCAGAAAACCUUGACAAAAAGCAAUGAGGUGUUUGCCAGCUUCAAGCAAGAGAUGGAUAAGGUCAGUUAAUACAUUUUGUCUCUCAAAUCUGUUCUGGAGGGCUUGCCAUUUUGGUAGCAGAGGCCAGUGAAUUUUCUUCAGGUUCACAUAAGACUUUUUCUGUUAUGGAAUCAAUCAGAAACACGCUGACAUUUUCCUGUAAGGUGCAAUGGAUACCAUUAAGAGUCAAACUCAAACAAUUGGAUGCAGGGCAGUAUUGAUAUUUAAUAAAUAAUAAUAAUGAACCCUGCAUUGCUGUCACACAGGUGUGUAUACCUUAUCACCAUUAAACAUUGUUGGAGCACAGAAAUUGCAUUUAGUGGCCCAGAUAUGAAUAAGACAUUUCAUCAUCAGCAUCAUCAAUUUGUAUGCUGCCUUUCCAUAGUUAAAACAAUGCUCAAGGCGGCUUACAACAUGACAAGAUUUACAUAAUUACCAACAUAACAAAAGCCAUAAGCAAUAAUUAAACACAUCAAAAAGUACACAACCAAAUGGAAAACGAUUUCCACAUAAAUCAUAAAAUCUAAAACUAAUCUUAAAAAUCUAAAAAUACAGCAUUAAUAUCAGUCACAAUGUAAAAUGACAUAGAUAAAAAAUAAAAGCAAUUUAAAAACAAAACAAAAACAAAAAUGGAGCCCUCUCUGCCCAGCAGCAGCAGCAACAGUCCUUUAUGGAGCCUGUCAGGCCCCGCCUUAAGCCAGGUGGAGAGAAGCAGGGCCGGGCCCUUCAGGCUCCCAGCAGGUCAGUCCUGCUGUAUGAUAAUCUAUUAUUAUUUAGCAAUAGGUAAGAGAGGGUAACAACUUUUUGAAUGCUCUGCUGUGUAUGGAAAGUGUGCUAGGGAGAAGAGAUUUAGAUCAACUUUCUUGACAUACUAACUUUUCCACUGGUAUUUACUUGCAUGUCAUUCUGAGCAGGCUGUCUUUCCUAAAACAGCAGCACAGAUAUCUCCUGCUGCAUAAGUCGAGCAUUUUAUGAGCUGCCUUGCAUCCUCUGCCAGUACCUGCUUGCACUGCCAAAGUGUCCAUGGCUCCAUAUGACUUUGUUGUUCUGCCAGUUAUCAUUCACUCAGAGAUUUUAAAUAUGGAUCAGAACAACUGACCCUUUUAUUUUUUUUAAGAAGGUGUUCAGUGCUGACACUGUUGCAGACUAUCAUGGGGCAGCUUGUAAUUUGUGCAAAGCACUUAAAGAUUGAUUUCCAAGCAGUAAAUUAUUUCCUGUGUUAAUUAUCCACAAAACCACACUGCCAUUAAGGCACUGUAAUGUUUGUGUUAUUCAUUUGAAUUAAGUGACUAAUUCAUUGAAAGCAAGAACUAAUAGAGUAAAAGAACUAUAACAGAUUGGCAGUGCUAUUAUAGAUGCGGGUUGCUCUUGCAACAAACAUUUUGUGAAAUCCCUGACUUGUUACUGCUUUGAGGCAAGAAUGUGUUCCACAUACAUGAGAUAUUGCUGUGUGCACACCUUGAUGUGUGGGCUUUCAGUUGAUCUCUGAAGAUAAGGAAACAGUAAAUCUGACAGGCAAGUAGCACUUGGGGAUCUAGUUGACAAUGUCUUUUUAUUCUAAGACCUUUCUUUUCCACCAUCAAAUGUAUUUUAACAUGGGCAGAGUACAGUCAGAGAUUUUUGUGAGCUGAUCCCAAAUUGAUGUUCUCCCAUUUUCAUGGUAUGAUUAGUGAGUACAGUCGUGCCUUGGCUCCCAAACAAAUCAGCUCCUGACCACCACAAACCCAGAAGUGACUGUUCUGGUUUGGGAACUAUUUUUGGAAGCCGAACAUCCACGACUUCCAAUUGGCUGCAGGAGCUUCCUACAGCCAAUCAGAAGCUGCACUUUGGUUUCCAAAUGUUUUGGAAGUCAAAUGGGCUUCUGGAACAGAUUCCAUUUGACUUCCAAGGUACAACCGUACUGCCAUAAGUCAAACUAGAACCCUUGACUAUUGCCAAGGUUGGGAUCAGCACUUGUUCACAUGGGAUGUGUGUAAAUGCUGGCUUGUUCCUGAUGCCAACUGGAUUUUUCCCUUCUUAGAUGACCAAGAAAAUGAAAAAGUUGGAAAAGGAUACAGCUACGUGGAAAGCAAGGUUUGAGAACUGCAAUAAAGCUUUGUUGGACAUGAUUGAAGAGGUGAGAAACCAUUCCUUGAACAAUUUUAAAUUAAUUAAGCAUCAGUGAUGCAAUCUCAUAAAUUGUUCUGAAUAAUAGCUCUCUGAUACAGCUUCCAUUGUAAAGCUCAUAAAGCAUUCACAAUCGCAAAGGGGCCAUAGUUCAGUGGUACAGCAUCAGCUUUGCAUGGAAACAGUCUCAAGUCUAAUACCCAGCAUCUCCAUGCUUGCCUGAAACGCUGAAGAGCUUGAUGUAUGGCAAUGCAAUGGAAAAAGCAGUGGGAAACAGCUCCAAAAGCUUAAAAUCACUAUUUUGGGGGAGGUUUCCCCAAAAAAGCUAGACAAUUUUGGGGUCUUCCUAAAAAGUUUUGCAGGUGUCAGGAAUGUUACAUUUUGAAAUAUAGCAACAGAGGGUUGGGGUGGGUGUUUUUAAGAGUGGUUAAAAAAAGAUGGUCACCUUCUUGCAGAAUGUUUUGGGAAAUUAAAUUCUAACUUAAAAAAGGUAAAGGGACCCCUGACCAUUAGGUCCAGUCGUGACCAACUCUGGGGUUGCAGCACUCAUCUCGCUUUAUUGGCCGAGAGAGCCGGUGUACAGCUUCCAGGUCAUGUGGCCAGCAUGACUAAGCUGCUUCUGGCCAACCAGAGCAGCGCACAGAAAUGCUGUUUACCUUCCCGCUGGAGCGGUACCUAUUUAUCUACUUGCACUUGAUGUGCUAGGUGGGCAGGAGCUGGGACUGAGCAACGGGAGCUCACCCCGUCGCAGGGAUUCAAACCUCCGACCUUCUGAUCGGCAAGUCCUAGGCUCUGUGGUUUAACCCACAGCGCCACCCGCGUCCCUAAAUUCUAACUUAGUAAUUGGCUAAUUAGUGGCAGCUAAUAAACGGGGGGGGGGGGCAAGUAGUUUAUUGUAUGUGGGAUGCUUAAGCACCUGAAUGACUAACAUAGAAAUGUAAGGCUUUUGAGAGGAAGCAGAUUGGUCCUAGUUCUGAGAUGAGGAAGCUGCCAGUAUGAAUCGGCAGGGUGCUUUCUUGACUGUUUUGUGGCCUCUGGGCUGUUGAAGUAACUAAAAAUAAAGUAUCACCUUUCUUUGCGUGGAUAAUGUUGGAUGUGGAAAAAGCUAUAACAUUUUCUCUGAGCAAGAGAAAUUCGGGCAGGGAAUUAAAAAUAUAUAUACAGAGAUGUUUUAACAUGACCUUCUACUCCUAAAUUAUCUGAACUUCACAUUGCAGAAGUGAAAGUCUAACAGCAUAUGCUACAUGUAGUUUGUAACUUCCUGACUUGACUCCCUCCCCCCCCCCCAUUCUGCCAGUAAAUGUUUACUUCUGUAACAUUUGGCCAGCUCCAAAGAUUUACAUAAACUAUUAUAAAGACCCCAGGGCCUGUAGAACCACUCCAGAGAACUGUAAGACUGUGUCAGCAGGAAAAACACUUUGCAGAAGUGGCCAGGCCACUUCUUGAUUGGGGAGGUCACUUUUCAAGCCACAUUCUUUAACCAUCUUCCUGAUUUUUGCUUGAUCUAUUAAACUGGCCCCUCUGGUUGUCCUGUGCCAUUUGUCGACGCAGCAGCCUUCAAACGCUUUGUUUGCUCUAUCACAGAAAGCCAUGCGAGCCAAGGAGUAUGAGUGCUUUGUAGUGAAAAUUCAAAGGCUGGAGAAUCUGUGCAGAGCUCUUCAGGAUGAAAGGAAUGUGCUGUACAAAAAAAUAAAAGAUGCAAAAUUCCCUGAGGAGAAGGAGGAGGAGGAGGAAGAAGAAGAGGAGGAAGAACAACCACCAACACCACAACUGAGUGGACAGGAUGAUGGUCUGAAAAAUGAGGCUAGUGUGAGCUCCUCUGUUGCAGACCAGGCUGCUGCUGCUGAGCUACCUGCCACUGAUGAGAAUAUUCUGAAGGAUCUGGCUGCAGCUUUCAUGGUGACCCAUCAUGAGGGAAUGCUCCCAAUAACCGCUAAUGUGGACACACCUGAAGCCCUGGUAGCCACUAAUGUAGAAAUGUCUGAAGAACCGUGUAGUCUGCAAGCAUGUGGUCCAGUUUGUCCCCCAGAGCCAUUGCUCCCGAUGCCACAAGACACAGAGAAUCUCUCCAUACAGCCAGCAGCAUCCACACCCACAGCAGAAAAACAUGAAGGGGACACGGCAAAACAACUUGCUCAGGGUCAUCCGGUUCUGCAGUUGUUAGAUGCUGACAUGGAAGGAGUCGAUUAGUAUUAAUGUGAUUAUAUUUCUUUCCCAACUGCCAUCCUUUCAUAUAUUUUUGUUCUAAUUAUGCGGCUUGAAAAUGUUCACAGAUUUGCUCCUCAUAAUCGUGGGACGUGUCUUGUGUCUGUGACAUCGAGCCCUGUCGGUAGCGAUGCAUUUUCAGUUUGCCCACUUUUUCAUCAAAUCAAAUCAAAAAAGUUCUUUCCUAAAGUGUCACAAAAUGCAUGGUGUUUGGUCCCAUCAACCCGUCUUGAAAAUCCGUAAGACUCCCUACUUUAAGAACUACAGCACUUUAAUUCAACAUGCUCUCACGAACACCUGAGCGCGUUAGUUUGGUCUGAGGUGCCACAAUGUCACUUCUAAAUAUAGGAAUAAAUGUUACAUGGGGAAGCAUACUUGGGGAAGUAGAAGCUGGAAAAGCAGUAGUGUGAGGGUCAAAUCUUAUUCCAAAGUAACUACUAAUUAGUCUAUGAUCUUCAAAACACUUUUGUUUGGACAGAUUCUCCUGACUUCAAGCAAUUGUGUGUAUCCCUGGGACCCUGAUUCUUUUAUUUACCCCCAACGCAAUCCUUUUCUCACAAGGAAGAAUAGUUGUCUAUGAGUCGCUAAUGAAGUGUUGGAUACAGAGAGAGAUGAAAAAUAGUUAAUGAGAUUAUACUUUUUCUUUUACUGUAGGCUAGCCUACAGGCCUCUCAGUGUUGUUGGACUCCCAACGUCCAUCAGACUUGACCACUGGCCUUACUGGUUGGAGCUGAUGGCAGUUGGGAGUCCUACAGUAUCUGGAAGACUAUAGGUUAGCUGCCUCAACUGAACUAUUUACCUAUGUGCCUUGCUUUAAUACUUUACCCUAUGUCACUUACAGUGUCACUAUUUCAACAAGUUUGGUCACAGUUGAUCAAUUUGUCAUUAAGUCUCAUUGAAUUAAACUUGUAACUGUGCCUUUGGUGGACUGCAUAACAUAAAAAUUGAAGGGGUGGUUUUUUCCCUUGUAGGAUUGGAUUGAUUAAAUCUGUAGAAUUCUAUCCUGAAUUUGAUAAUUUAACUGUUUUGCUUGCUUAUCAGUAGUUUAAACACUGAAUUAAUACAGUUUCAAUACCUACUUCUUUUCUGCUUUCCUUGUUUCCUCUUUUAUUGCCUGAUUGUCCAUUUUCUAACAUUCCUACAAAACUUGUAUUAUAUACAGGGGUUCCAAACACACAUUUGCUGUAGGCCUCCUAAUUAUCAACCUUGAUUAAGUGGUUUAGAAUGGACAAGCCGUAUGAUACAUUCAGAAUGAGAAAAACCAGCCUGUUAAGGUGGGUUGGUAUUUUUUUCUUCUUUGCAUUGUAGGGAAGGAUGGCAAUGAUUGGGAAUCACCAGCAUAUAGGCGUCAUUAAGCCCAGCAGGGGUCUAAUUAGGCCCACAAGACCAUUUUCCUCAAACCACAUAGGCCUGCGCAACACCUAAUGUCACAGGUGACAUCAGGCGCUGGGCAGGUGAAGACUUGGCUAGCAUCUAAUACACUAGGGAAGUUCCCCAUCAGGAACUCCUUAGUGCAGCCAGGAGCUGCUGCCAGGACCUAUCAGCUGACAGCACACCUUCAAAGACACUUUCUGUCAGUGCCAGGGUCAGCUCCUUUGAAGUCAACUGAGAUUAGGACCCAUGGUACCUGCUGGAUCUCACUCUGAUGGAGGCUUGUCCAUUUAGGCCAUGACUGCAGAGGGAUUUGAACCAGUGACCCCUCCCUGCCUCACAGCACAAAUCCUUAGCCAUUAAACUACACCAAUUCACCUUUCAGUGCUGCUGGCUAGAUUUGGGACUCCUGGGAGAAGCCUAGCAGCUAUAAACAUGUUUGAGGACAUGUCUCCUUUGUAGGCCUAAACCAGAGUAGACUUGUCCUUAGCAUUGGGCAAUGAAUAAACCUGAAAGUUUCUCUG